UGUAUCUCCUUCUCUAGAUUUACACAUGAGCCUCACUGUCUUGAAGACUUUCUACUCGCUUCUCGUCUCCCUAAACUUCUGCCUGUAGUACAUGCACUGACCCGAAAGUGUCGUUCAUCAUAAUAUCAGCAGCGCCAGUAGUGAGAGCGCGCGAGUUAAUUUACCUCAGCUCUAAGAGAAAGGUUCACGCACAAGAAUAAGCAUUUAAAUCUCUGUUUUGUUCUCUGUGCCACCAAUGCAGUGAUAAAAAGCAAGGAUCGAUGUCAAAGAGCACGAGCAGGAGGUCGUGGGGUGUGUGACAGCUGGGCGGAGAGACUGAAACUCCGGAGGCAGCACGCGCGCUGGGGCGGGCAGAUGUGCGGCUGAAUUGGCUCUCGGUGCUGUUUUUGUAACCGAGGGGAGAGAGACCGAGAGGAGGGGGGAGUUCUAAAGGCUGCCCCAGCCGCCGGUUCCUUUGCAGCGUGAGAAAUUUUGGGGGAAGGAUGCAGCGGGACCGGAGAAUUCCUCUGAUGCACGCGCACUGCCUCCUCUUGUGUGUGAUGAGCGCGUGCUGGACGGCGCUGGAGGUGCGGGGGUCCCAACCGGAGAUCCCCUUAUCAGUGGUGAAACUCUGGGCUUCAGCGUUUGGUGGUGAAAUAAAAUCAAUAGCUUCAAAAUACUCAGGAUCUCAGCUCUUACAGAAGAAAUACAAGGAAUAUGAGAAAUCUGUGCGAAUAGAGGAGAUUGACGGCGCAAAAGUGGUGAAAACUUUGGCGCAGAAUAUGGAGGAAAUAUUUCGGAAAAAAGCUGAGGCCACACGAAGGCUCGUAGAAGCGGCGGAGGAAGCUCAUCUUCAGCAUGAGGAGAACCCUGACCUACAGUAUGAGUAUUUCAACGCAGUGCUCAUAAACGAGGUGGAUGAAGAUGGGAACAGCGUGGAGCUGGGAGGAGAGUUCCUCCUGGAACCCAACGAUCAUUUUAAUAACCUAUCCGUCAACCUCAGCCUCAGCGUGGUGCAGGUGCCAACCAACAUGUACAAUAAAGACCCUGACAUUGUUAACGGCGUCUAUUGGUCAGAAGCCUUGAACAAAGUUUUCGUGGAUAACUUCAGAAGGGACCCGACCCUUAUUUGGCAGUACUUUGGAAGCGCUAAAGGUUUUUUCCGACAAUACCCAGGUGUGAAAUGGCAUCCUGAUGAACAUGGUGUCAUUGCUUUUGACUGCAGGAACAGAAAAUGGUAUAUCCAGGCGGCCACCUCUCCUAAAGAUGUUGUGAUUCUGGUGGAUGUCAGUGGCAGUAUGAAGGGUUUAAGAUUGACUAUAGCCAGACAGACAGUCGCUUCCAUACUGGACACGCUCGGGGAUGAUGACUUCUUCAACAUUAUUGCAUACAACCAAGAGAUCCAUUAUGUGGAGCCCUGUCUAAACGGCACUCUCGUUCAAGCUGACAGUACUAAUAAGGAUCACUUUAAAGAGCAUCUGGACAAGUUAUUCGCCAAAGGAAUCGGACUCCUGGGCAAUGCACUGAGUGAGGCUUUCACUAUCUUAAAUGAGAUUAAUCAGACCGGCCGUGGAAGUUCAUGUAGUCAGGCGAUCAUGCUGAUAACAGAUGGAGCCACUGAAAUGUAUGAUGAUGUUUUUGCCAAAUAUAACUGGCCUGAGCGAAAGGUUCGUAUAUUCCCCUACCUCAUUGGCCGGGAAUCUGCGUUUGCUGAUAACCUGAAAUGGAUGGCGUGCGCCAAUAAAGGUUAUUUUAGUCAGAUCUCCACUCUGGCUGAUGUUCAGGAGAACGUGAUGCGGUAUUUGCAUGUGAUGAGCAGACCUAAAGUUAUCGACCAUGAACAUGACACAGUGUGGACUGAAGCCUACGUGGACAGCGCACUCGCGCAGGCGCACAAGCUUGGGGAGAGUAAAGGUCCAAACCCGAUGACCACAGUGGCCAUGCCUGUGUUUAGCACCAAGAAUGAAACGAAAAACCAAGGCAUCCUGCUAGGCGUUGUGGGCACUGACAUCCCCAUUCAGGAGUUAAUGAAAACCAUCCCAAAACACAAGCUAGGAAUACAUGGAUACGCAUUUGCCAUUACCAAUAACGGAUACAUCCUGACACAUCCUGACCUGAGGCCCCUGUACCAGGAGGGCCAGAAGAGGAAGAAACCCAGUUACAGCAGCGUGGACCUGUCCGAGGUGGAAUGGGAGGACACUGAGGAUGUUUUGCGCACAGCAAUGGUGAACAGACGAACUGGCACUUUUUCAAUGGAAGUAAAAAGAACAGUGGACAAAGGGAAACGUGUCUUAACGAUGCACAAUGAUUAUUACUACACUGAUAUUAAAGGAACUCCAUUUAGUGUAGGUGUGGCGCUUUCAAGAGGACAUGGAAAAUACUUCUUCAAGGGAAAUGUUUCGCUAGAAGCCGGUCUACAUGAUCUGGAGCAACCAGAUGUUGCCCUUGCUGAUGAAUGGACGUACUGUAACACAGAUGAGCAUCAUGAGCAUCGUCACCUGACUCAAGUUCAGGCCAUCAAACUGUACAUGACCAGCCGUAAACCACACCUCAAAUGUGACAGAGAGCUGAUUCAGCAGGUUCUGUUUGACGCUGUGGUAACCGCUCCCUUAGAAGCGUACUGGACUGGACUGGCUCUCAAUAAGUCUGAGAACUCUGAUAAAGGGGUUGAGAUUGCUUUCCUCGGCACCCGCACUGGUCUUUCCAGAACCAACCUGUUUGUGGUUCCCGAGCUGCUGACCAAUCAAGAUUUUCUCACCGCUGAAGACAGGGAGGGCGUCUUUAACGCAGAUCACUUUCCUCUGUGGUAUAAAAGAGCUGCAGAGCAGGUGCCCGGCACAUUCGUGUACUCCAUUCCCUUCAGUUCAGGGGGUGAAAAUAAGAGUGUGGUUUUGGCAAGCACUGCUAUCCAACUACUCGAUGACAGGAAGUCUCCUAUAGUGGCAGCUGUGGGAAUUCAAAUGAAGCUGGAAUUCUUUCAGAGGAAAUUUUGGACGGCCAGUCGGCAGUGUAAUGCUCUGGAUGGCAAAUGUACCAUCAGCUGUGAUAAUGAGGACAUUAAAUGCUAUCUCAUAGACAACAAUGGCUUCAUCCUGGUCUCUGAAGACACUUCUCAGACAAACCUCUUCUUUGGAGAAGUGGAGGGAGCCGUCAUGAACAAACUGCUUCUGAUGGGCUCGUUUAAAAAGAUUAAUUUGUAUGACUAUCAGGCUCUCUGUAAAGAGUAUGCAGGCAGCAGUGACAGCGCACGCACUUUACUGGAUCCCUUCACCACUGUGAAAUGGCUCUUGACAGAACUUGUCAUAUUUCUGCUGGAGUUUAACCUGUACAGCUGGUGGAACUGGGACUCGACAGUCAAAGCCCAGAGAGCUCAGAGGACAAUGAUGGUGCCAUGUGACACAGAAUACCCUGCCUUUGUCUCUGAGCGCACCAUCAAAGAGACCACAGGGAACAUUGACUGUAAUGGCUGUAUACGGACGUUUGUGAUUCAGCAGAUUCCCAGCAGUAACCUGUUUAUGGUGGUUGUUGAGAAUAAAUGUGAUUGUGGUUCCGCCGCUCCGGUUACCAUGGAGCCCAUUGAGAUCAUUUAUAAUGAGUCUCUGAAGUGCGAUAGACUGAAGUUUCAAAAGGAUCGCAGACGGCCAAAGUCCUGUCAUCCAUUUCAUCCAGAGGAGAAUGCUAUGGAAUGUGGAUCAGCGAAUGCUUUGAGUUUUCCACUGGUGGCCAUUUUAUUCCCAGUAUUGUCACUCCUGGUCAGCAGGUGACCUCUGACCCCUGCCUUGACCCAUUAGGCUUACUAUACACUCAAAUCAGAGAGCCUUGCUUCCGCCAAACAUGAAGUCUCAGUCUACAGAGACAAAAUCAUCUUUGUGAUGUCUGGAUUACUGAAGAUAGAUGAUAUUUAUUACCGUCAAAGACAGUGUUAGAAUGUGCUGAGUGUUUUAUUCUUACAUGUGGACCAGUGAACAUACCUGGAUAUGAGUGGCCGCCACGAGCCGUCACAGCUAAACGCAGUCCAUGUAGCUGUUCUUCAAGGUUCCUUCAUACAACUUUAGUCUUAAUCUGUACUGUUAAGCACAGACAAAAACUGAGCAAAAAUGUAAUUUAUUUAAUUAUUUUUUUUGCCUGCCUCUCAGAUUGAUUCGGCAUUUAAUUUGAAGUCUUAAGAUGCAUGACGUGACAAAAUAGGAAUAUUUCACAGUGCUGUUUGUAAGAAUAGCAUACAUUGUCAUCAAAAGAUGAGAUGUGGAUUCUUCACAAACUUUAUAAGUUUUGCCUGCCUAAAAAAAGUACUUGGAAAAUAACUUUUAAUUGCCUAUUCCCUUUACAUCAAAGGAAAGCCAUGUUAUGUAAAUAAAAACAUA